UGUAAAAAAAAGAAGAAAAAAAGGGGGGAGCUGUAGAAAGAGAGCGAGAGAGAGAGAGAGAGAGGUAAAGCAAGGUUGAGCGAGCAGCAGCCACACAGACCAGAGAGAGAGAGAGAGAGAGGAGUUAAUGGAGAGACUACAACUGCGCACAAACAGAUUUGAUCAGUGACUUUAACUCGCGGGUCAGCGCGCACAGAGCACCGAGCACCGGACACCGAGCACCGGACACCGAGCACCGAGCACCGGGCACCGAGCACCGGACACCGGACCAGGCUGAAACACCGACGUGGUUUUCGGUUCCUCUCUUUUCUUUUGGUUCUCGAGAGGAAGAAGUUCCGCCGCUCUGGAGUAUCUUUAUCUUUGUGUGUGACAGCCGGCUGUGAGGAUGUGGGGUGAUCGGAAGCAAGCGCGGAACCUGUGGAUUUAACCCCCCCCCCCCCUAAAAAUAACCCAAACAGAAAAAGAAACCCGGAUUUGGGACUCUUUCUUAUCUUGACUCGUUUGCUCCGGCGCGCAUGAACAUUUACUGACGAAGAAGAGAAGAAGAGAAGAAGAAGAGCGAUGGAAGUAAGCGCGGACCAGCCCCGGUGGAUGAGCCACCACCCCGCGGUGCUCAACGAGCAGCACCCCGGCGCGCACCACCCGGGCCUCGGCCACUCCUACAUGGACGCGUCGCAGUACCAGCUCGCGGACGAUGUGGAUGUAUUGUUUAAUAUCGACGCGCAGGGGAACCACGUGUCCCCGUACUACGGGAACUCGGUCCGGGCGGUGCAGAGGUACCCGCCGCCCCCCCACAGUAGCCAGGUGUGCCGGCCCUCGCUGCUCCACGGCUCGCUGCCCUGGCUGGAGGGUAGCAAAGGCAUCGCGCCGCACCACAGCUCGUCCCCCUGGAACCUGAGCCCCUUCCCCAAGAACCCGCUGCACCACGGCUCCCCGACCAGCCUGUCCGUGUACCCGUCGGCCUCGUCCUCCUCCCUGUCCGCGGGCCACUCCAGUCCGCACCUCUUCACGUUCCCCCCGACCCCGCCGAAAGACGUGUCCCCGGACCCGGGCAGCAUCUCCGCCCCGCCGGGGGGCGCCGGCCCCGGGCGGCAGCAGGAGGACAAAGAGUGCCUCAAGUACCAGGUGACCCUGGCCGACAGCAUGAAGCUGGAGUCCGCGCACGGCCGCGGCGUGGCGUCCAUCGGAGGGGGGUCGUCCUCCGCCCACCACCACCACCACCACCACCCCAUCGCCACAUACCCAUCCUAUGUCCCCGAGUACGGGCCGGGCCUCUUCCCGCCAAGUAGCCUGAUAGGUGGGUCCUCUUCUAGUUAUGGUUCCAAAACGAGACCAAAAGCAAGGUCGUGUUCAGAAGGUAGAGAGUGUGUGAACUGCGGGGCCACGUCCACGCCGCUGUGGAGGCGGGACGGCACGGGCCACUACCUGUGUAACGCCUGCGGCCUGUACCACAAGAUGAACGGGCAGAACCGGCCUCUCAUCAAACCCAAGCGGCGGCUGUCCGCGGCCAGGCGCGCGGGCACGUCGUGCGCGAACUGCCAGACUACCACGACCACGCUGUGGCGGAGGAACGCGAACGGGGACCCGGUGUGCAACGCGUGCGGCCUCUACUACAAGCUGCACAAUAUCAACCGACCUCUGACCAUGAAGAAGGAAGGAAUCCAGACCCGGAACCGGAAGAUGUCCAGCAAGUCCAAGAAGAGCAAGAAGUCUCCGGACGGCCUGGACGACUUCUCCAGCCGCCUGAUGGAGAAGAGCUCCGCCUCCUUCAGCCCGGCGGCGGCGCUGUCGCGCCACAUGUCCUCCUUCCCGCCCUUCUCGCACUCCGGCCACAUGCUGAGCACCCCGACGCCCAUGCACCCCUCCUCCGGCCUGUCCUUUGCCCCCCACCACCCCUCCAGUAUGGUGUCAGCCAUGGGUUGAGAGGCCCCGCCCCCUUUUUCCCAGGCCCGCUCCGCCUCGCGUCCCCCUGCGGUACCUCUCUGCUUCCAUCACCUUAAAAAAAAAAAAAAACUGAUAGAACGGCUCCAAGCUCCUCCCCCUGACCACGCCCCCCAGUCUGAUCCCGCCCCCACCCAAUUUGACCCCGCCCCCCCACCAUCACCGAGCUGCGCCCGCGAGGCUUUUCGGCUCCUUUGUCCUCAGUUGUAACUUUAUUUUUUAUAGAAAUCAAAGUGAAUUUGUGGGGGGGGGUCCUCAUGGAGGCGGACCCUCAUGGAGGCGGACCCUCACCACAAGGAGCUCCAUGUGUACAGAAAUACUUUUUUUUCCUCCGCACACAAACACUGAAAACGACUUUGUCAACGACCUCCACUCGACCUCCAGCUGGCCCCGCCCCCCACCCCUGGCCCCGCCCCCUUCUUCACUUUGCACCGCACCUCCUCCUUCUCUUUCUCCUUCUCCUCUUCUUCUUCUUCUUCCUCUCCUCCUCCUCUUUCUUCUACUUCUCCUCCUGCUGCUCCUCUUUCUUCUUCUUCGUCUCCUCCUCCUCCUUCUUCCUCCACUUCACAGACGUUGAACACAUUUGUACAAAUUGUAUUGAAUACAAAACAUUUAAAUGAAGACUUUUUAAUUUAGCGAGAGAAAAAUAAAAAAAAGUACCCCCCCCUCGCCCCCCGGGCAGCUAACGACAAGAAGGGUACGAGUAGGAGAGGAGAGGACGCCUCUUGAGGAAAGGAAACCAAGGGAGGAGGAGACGAGGAGACGAGAGGCCGGGUUUUAUUUUAUUAUUUUCUGCCUGCGUGAAUCGUGUUGCAUUGAGUCUCUUCUUCUUCUUCUUCUCUUCUUUUUUAUUUUUAAAAACCUUUGGAUGUAAUAUAGGUCUCGGGCAAUUGGGUUUGUGUUGACGCGUGCACGUACACACACACACACACACACACACACACGCAACACACACACACACACACACACACACACCCGAAAGACUUCCUUCCCGCCCUCAGAUUAUAUGCAUUGUGAAAAUAAAGUUCCUGUAUUUGUUAUUUGUAUGUAUAAAAUCAGAGUACCAAAAAUACGAAAUAAACAAAGAUGUAGAAUUAUUUCUUUAUGUUAUGCAGACUGAAUGGUUGUAAAAAAUUUAAUAAUAAUCACUUGUGUAAAAAUAUGACUGCUUUUUAUGUUUUUGUUUCGUAACAAUUUUUUUUUUCUCCUCUUUGAAAAUAAUAAACUCGUUUAAUCUGUUGACAUGUUA